AUGGCAUCUACAAGCGGUCCAGAAGCCGCCUCUGUCCCCGUCCUCAAAGAUUUGACAAUCGAAAACAUCACCGAGAACGUGCACCGUAUAAACUCGCAAUGCGCCGACCCACGCUUCAAGUACGUCAUGGAACGCUUGGUAUCACACCUCCACGACUUUGCGCGAGAGACGCGAUUGAGUUUUGAGGAGUGGAUGGCGGCAAUCAAGUUUCUGACCGAGGUUGGGCAGAUAUGUACAGAUGUACGGCAGGAGUUCAUACUCCUCUCCGACAUUGUAGGCCUCUCGCUUCUCGUCGAUUCAAUCGACCACCCCAAACCCCCCUCCAGCACUGAAGGUACAGUCCUGGGCCCAUUCCACACGCACGACGCCUCUACGCUCCCCAACGGCACACCAAUCUCCGCGGAUCCUAACGGCGACCCGCUCCUCGUCCUCUGCUCCGUCAAGACAAUGUCGGGCGACCCAGUGGCAGGCGUCAAAGUCGACGUCUGGGAAACUGAUUCCCAUGGAAAGUACGACGUGCAGUAUGAUGACCGAGGAGACAAGGCUGACGGUCGCGCCGUCAUACAUACUGAUGAAGAGGGUGUCUUUUGGUUCAAUGCGAUUGUGCCCGUGCCGUACCCGAUUCCGAAUGAUGGGCCUGUGGGGAAGUUACUGGAGAGGUUGGGACGGCAUUGUUGGAGACCGAGUCAUAUGCAUUUCAUGUUUGAGAAGAGCGGGUUUGAUCAUUUGGUUACGGCACUAUACAUACGCGGCUCCGACUACGAGACAUCCGACGCUGUCUUCGGGGUCAAAGAAUCGCUCAUCGUUGGCCUCGACACUGUUUCGUCCAAGCUGGCGAAGCAAUAUAAUGUCAAGGAGGGGACCAAGUUGUUGAAGUAUGACUUUGUGCUUGUAACGGAUGAAGAGACAAAGAAGCUACGGCAUGAUGAAGCGGUCAAGGCUAUGCACGCGCUGGGCCGAGAGGGGAUGAUGAUCAUUAAUGGAUUGCCGGUUCCGGAUGUGGAUUAG